GUCAUAUUUCAUUGUGGAAAUUUGUCUGCAACUUGCAAAAUUUUAAGCUCGUGAGAAAUAAUUUAUAGCUGGUGAAACUCAAACAAUAUUAAUAAAAGUAUUUAAAAUAUUGUGUUUACACAAAGGACUAUGUCCAAAGAAGAAGUAAAAGCUGAAGUAAUGGAAGCUAACGACAACUCGAAUGAAACCACUUCGGAGGCAACAACUUCGUCAGCUGAAAAGGAAGUAGAUUUCGACAACAAGAUCGAAAAUGAUAGAGGCAAACGAUUUGAUUUUUUGCUUAAACAAACGGAAAUCUUCACGCAUUUUAUGACAAAUAGUAAUAAAAGUCCAACGAAGCCCAAAGGACGACCAAAAAAGAACAAAGAAAAAGAGAAGGAGAAAGAUGGGAAUGCGGACCAUCGUCACCGAAAGACUGAGCAGGAGGAAGAUGAGGAACUCUUGGCCGAAGAUACUCAAUCUAAAGAACUUUUCCGUUUUGAAAGCUCGCCCAGUUACAUUAAAAAUGGCGAAUUGCGCGAUUAUCAAGUACGUGGCUUAAACUGGAUGAUAUCGCUGUAUGAAAACGGUAUAAAUGGUAUAUUGGCCGAUGAAAUGGGUUUGGGUAAAACUUUACAAACGAUUUCUUUACUUGGCUAUCUCAAACAUUUUAAAAAUCAAGCUGGCCCACAUAUUGUAGUUGUACCCAAAUCCACUUUGCAAAAUUGGGUUAACGAAUUCAAAAAGUGGUGCCCUUCAUUACGCGCUGUCUGUCUCAUUGGUGACCAAGACGCACGUAACACAUUCAUACGCGAUGUACUCUUACCAGGCGAAUGGGAUGUUUGCGUCACCUCUUACGAAAUGUGUAUACGCGAAAAAUCUGUUUUCAAGAAAUUUAAUUGGCGUUAUAUGGUUAUUGAUGAAGCACAUCGUAUAAAAAACGAAAAAUCCAAACUUUCAGAAAUUCUGCGUGAGUUUAAAACAGCCAACCGUCUGCUUAUCACUGGCACACCAUUACAGAAUAACUUGCACGAGUUGUGGGCUUUGUUGAAUUUCUUGCUGCCGGAUGUCUUCAAUUCGUCCGAAGACUUUGAUGAAUGGUUCAAUACAAACACUUGCCUAGGCGACGAUGCGCUCAUAACACGCUUACACGCAGUAUUGAAACCAUUUUUGUUGCGUCGUCUCAAAGCCGAGGUGGAACGCCGUCUUAAGCCCAAGAAAGAAAUAAAAAUAUUUGUCGGUCUUUCAAAGAUGCAGCGUGAAUGGUAUACAAAAGUAUUGAUGAAAGAUAUUGAUGUUGUGAAUGGUGCGGGUAAAUUGGAGAAAAUGCGUCUACAAAAUAUUUUGAUGCAAUUACGAAAAUGCACCAACCACCCUUAUCUCUUUGACGGUGCCGAACCAGGCCCACCGUAUACCACUGACACACAUUUAGUUUAUAACUCUGGCAAAAUGGUCAUACUUGAUAAAUUAUUGCCCAAGUUGCAAGCACAAGGUUCACGUGUACUUAUAUUCUCUCAAAUGACACGCAUGUUGGAUAUACUCGAGGAUUACUGUUUAUGGCGUAACUAUCAGUAUUGUCGUUUGGACGGCCAAACUCCACACGAGGAUCGUAACAGACAAAUACAAGAAUAUAAUAUGGACAAUAGUUCUAAAUUUAUUUUUAUGCUUUCCACACGCGCUGGUGGUUUGGGUAUCAAUUUAGCCACCGCUGAUGUGGUUAUAAUUUAUGAUUCGGACUGGAAUCCUCAAAUGGACUUGCAGGCUAUGGACCGUGCGCAUCGUAUCGGUCAAAAGAAGCAAGUGCGUGUCUUCCGUUUUAUCACCGAAAAUACGGUGGAGGAAAAGAUUGUGGAGCGCGCUGAAGUUAAGUUGCGUCUUGACAAAUUGGUUAUACAACAAGGACGCCUGGUGGACAAUAGAACGGCACAGUUGAACAAAGACGAAAUGUUAAAUAUCAUUCGUUUCGGCGCAAACCAUGUCUUCGCCUCUAAAGACUCUGAAUUAACUGAUGAAGACAUUGACACUAUUUUGGAGCGUGGUGAAGCCAAGACUGCCGAAGAAAAGGCCAAACUGGAUCAAUUAGGCGAAGGCUCUUUACGCACAUUCACCGUUGACACUGGCGGUGGUGAGGGCGGUUCGACAUCUGUAUAUCAGUUUGAGGGUGAAGAUUAUCGAGAAAAGCAGAAAUUAAAUACAUUGGGAAAUUGGAUCGAACCACCAAAGCGUGAACGUAAAGCGAAUUAUGCUGUAGAUGCAUAUUUCCGAGAGGCUCUUCGUGUUUCUGAACCAAAAGCACCGAAAGCGCCACGCCCACCAAAACAACCAAUAGUGCAAGAUUUUCAAUUCUUUCCGCCACGCCUUUUUGAGCUGCUCGAUCAGGAGAUUUACUAUUUCCGAAAAACAGUAGGUUAUAAAGUGCCGAAAAACCCCGAGUUGGGUUCAGAGGCAACUAAAAUGCAACGAGAAGAACAACGUAAAAUUGAUGAAGCCGAGCCGCUGAGCGAGGAAGAGAUUGUCGAGAAGGAAUCACUUCUAACACAAGGAUUCACAACGUGGACCAAACGUGAUUUUAAUCAGUUCAUUAAAGCGAAUGAGAAAUAUGGCCGUGAUGAUAUAGAAAAUAUUGCAAAAGAUGUGGAAGGCAAAACCCCUGAGGAAGUAAUUGAAUAUAAUGCAGUAUUUUGGGAGCGUUGUCAUGAGUUGCAGGAUAUCGAAAGAAUUAUGGGUCAAAUUGAGCGAGGCGAAGCAAAAAUACAACGAAGACUAUCUAUCAAAAAAGCAUUAGAUCAAAAGAUGUCACGUUAUCGUGCACCCUUCCAUCAACUACGCCUGCAAUAUGGCAACAACAAGGGCAAAAAUUAUGUGGAACGCGAAGAUCGCUUCUUGGUUUGCAUGCUGCACAAACUCGGCUUUGACAAGGAAAAUGUCUAUGAGGAGUUACGUGACGCUAUACGCUCAUCACCGGAGUUUCGCUUCGAUUGGUUUAUAAAAUCACGUACAGCACUUGAACUCCAGCGUCGUUGCAACACGCUUAUAACACUCAUUGAGCGCGAGAAUAUCGAACUUGAAGAAAAAGAACGUCAAGAGAAAAAGAAGAAAGCUGCUAAGAACUCGACAGGCGCGAGUACAACAAGCGCACCGCCGGCAAAGACAAAUCAGAAGCGCAAAUCCGAAGCAAUGCCCGUUGAAAAGAACGCUAAGAAGAAGAAAAAAUAGAUUUAAAGUAUUCAACAUAGUAUACAUUACAAGCUACAUCAUAAUUAUACAAAAUACAACCAGCCGCUGUUAGAAUGGUAGCAGAUUCGUUGAUGUAGCGACCAUAUAUUUGAUAAAUUAUUAACUAUUUGAUUGGAGGGGAGAUCGUCGUACGCAACAUUAUCAAUAUAUCACUCUUACCAUAUUUUUAUAUUCAUUUACUCAUUGAUCAUGAUCAGAAGCUACAAUAACAAACUUUUCAGCAGCCGGAAACUAAUAAACGUACAUAUAUAUACUCAAAGAUACUACUGAAACCCACUAAUUUAAGUAAACUUACUUUUUUAUGCUAUUGCACCAUAGAGAUAAAAUUGCUUUAGUUGCUUCACUUGAUGUCUUGUUCGAUUUCAAUAAUUUCUAGUAAGCUUACAUAAUCACUAUAAAUAUAAACUUUUCAAGUUAUCUAGUAAA